CAGCCCCGGCUCGCGGCCGCGCUGAGUGCCGGGCCUCCCGAGUCGACGGGGGUGGGAGGGGGGGUGGUUCCCAGCGAGAGGAACGGGCUCUGUGAGGUCAGCGCGCCGCGGCCCGGGUCACAAUGCAGCCCGCCCCCUCGACGCCCGGGCCGCGGCGCGCCGCAGACACCUGCCGGGCUCCGCCUGGACCGGAGCGUCCUCCCGCGGCCAGGGGUCCGGCAGCUGCUUCCAGCCUGGGACCGGCCUCGGCCUCCGGCAGAGCGCCCCGGGGCCUGGACAUGAGUGCCCAGGAGCCCCCGCAGGGUCGAAGAUUCCCUAUUGAGGCCGGAGACUCCCCUGGCCUUGCCGCCGCCCCCGAGUCCCAGGACAGCCCGGAGCCGGUGGCCACGGAGCACAACCCGGUCAGGCCGCUUCGACGCUGCCCGGGCUGCCACUGCCUGACGCUGCUGCACGUGCCCAUCGACGUCUACCUGGCCAUGGGCGGGAGCCCCCGGGCCCGCGCCACCUGAGUGCGCCUGCGCACGGCGGCUCCGCCGGAGCCGGGCGGGGACGAGGC